AUGAUUCAAAAACCAGUUUUGUGGAAGUCACACAUUUGUGUAGUUCAUUUAGCGAAGGUUUUGCUGUUCCUGGCCAGGGUGAAUGGUGCUUCCUGGCCAUGUAGCGAUGAGCGUCUGGCUUUUUCAAGCAAUUCCUUUCAUUUAAAAGUGGUUCGACAUGGCACUGAACUUUCUUACAAAAAUGUUGACCCUAUUCUAAUAUAUCACCCAUGUGAUACAUAUUAUUUUGGGCAGAGGCCUCCAGCUGUAUGUCUUGGAGAAAAGGUUUUCCUCAGCUUAGAUGGAUUUGAGAGUAGCCUUUUGCCGUUGACCAUCCCUACUAGCAUGGUGAUGCCACCUGCUGUAGUCAGUAGUGCUGUCUUUGUGAAAAACUCUCGAUUGCUUCUAGUAAUAAAUGAAAAAGUUUAUAUUUAUUUCUAUAUAACAUGGAACAGCUGGAAAAGGUCACAUGGAAUUGAUAGUCCUGUUACUGACAUCACCAACAUAGACUGCUGCUUCUCUAAAACAGACACCAUCUGUACAGAAAUUGGUCAUACUGUUAUAGCUUAUAAGCCAGGGGGCCCAGCUUCUUACAGCAACGUUUUCUUCUCAAAAGAUGGAGGCUACUCAUUUAGCAAAAUAUUUACUAAUCAAGGCUACAACAGUGUGAUUGGUGUCUACAACUUUAUAUCCUUGUCACAAAUGGCAGUACUCCUCAACACGACAACAGAUUAUAAGGAAUCUGCUUAUUUCUCAUAUGGUGGUGCACGGUAUAUGCAGAACCGCAAGGGUUCAUUAUUUUGCCUAGAAUCCUGUGGAAAUGAGACUGUUGUAAGCUUAAUUCCCCCUGGCUUGAGAGGUUUUAUAAUCCUUUGGACAAAAGAUUCAUUCAUGUUCUCCUUCAACAAUGGCCUGACUGUAGAUCCCAUCAAAGUGCAUCCCACUGAUAAAUAUGGUAAUGAGUCACUCCCUUUGCAUGGCAAUGGCCUUUGUAAUGUGGCUGUCAACAAAAACGAGAUUGUAGCCAUUACCAGCAACCUGAACCUUUUCUAUGGAAGCCUGGACAUAGUAUCCACAAAGAUGGUAUACAUUGGGGAGAAAAACAGCAACAAGACUGGUAACAAAUGUGAGAUGCUAAUGUUUUUGAACAGAGGGGUGUUUAUAAUCUUCCAUCCUGUUCGCAGCAAUGUAUCUGAAUAUUAUAAUUUUCAGAAAUGCACCAUCAAUGUACAGGACACACUCAUGACUUUGCAACCACCACUGGAGCCCUGUCCUGUAGAGCUCCUUAGUGGCAGUUUCCAUAACAAUAUGUAUUAUAUUGAUAUGAAGCAGGAGCUUCAUUUUAAUGUCACAUUUGUGCCCAAACCUGGCACUGGGACCCAGCCAUAUGUAAGUGUGAGCAAUCCUCAUGUGCUGGCAUUUCAGGCACACCUUUUAGAGGAUGGCUACUCUAAUGAAAACCCAAAAUACAGAUUGCAAAUCAGGCUGCUACAACAGCAAUUCUCAGGUAUGGCUCAUCAUAACUUCUACAAUGAUAUUUACCAAGGUAGUCUUUCUACUGUCACUGUGGACAUCUACAAUAAAGGCAUAUUCUGUAUUGACAUGCAUCCAUUGACAGCUCUUAUUGCAGUAGACUGUCCACCUAAGAAACAUAUCAGAAUUGUUAAGACUACAACAGCAUGCAGCAAAGGCCUUUUUAAGAAAACCAUUCUACAGAAUAAUUUCACGUAUUUAAUUGAUCGGAAUGUAUAUGACCCAAUGUUCCAUGGCAGAAAACAUUUAGCACAGGAAGACCUUCAUGUUACCUAUAAAUACGAUGUUUGGGGAUGUCCUCUUCUCAUAUAUUAUGACAGUCAGUGGCUUCCACUUCUUGAAUUGUGGGACAAUGAUAAAUUUGUGGAAUAUGUUUCUGCCGAUUUUGUACUGUUUGAAAUACAUGGAAUGCAUAAUUAUGAUUACCUUUUGAGUGAAGUAGAGGCUAACUGUAUGUCACAGGCUCAGAACUGGACCACACAAUUAAAUGUUUCUAAACCAGAACUAGAUAGUGCAUGGAACAGAUAUAAUUACAAAAGUUGCAAGGGUUCAAGAGGAAAUAACUCUUUACCAUCAGCUUCCUCAAAGUAUCAAGUUCUGAACAAGAAUGAAAAGAACAGAAUAUUAUUUUCACAGUACAAUGGCAUUUAUGUCUUCAAAGUCAUUGUUGUAGAUACAUUAUAUAGCUACUGUGAACUAACAACAGUUUUCAGUGUAUAUGUGCAUGGUGCCCUCCCAAAGUCUGAUAUCAAUGCUGGUAAAACAUUGGUUAGUUUUCUGGUACUCAUAUUUGGCUCAAUUUUGAUGGUAUACUACUUUCCUAAAUUGCUGAAGGAAAAUGCAAGAAUGAAAUCAGUUUGGUCCUAA